AUGGAAAUUACUUGUCGCCAAUUUGAAAUCAGCCAACUGAAGGAAAUCGAAAGAUCCAAUUUUAAUUUAUUUACUAAAGGAUCUUCUGACCUUAUAGAGGUCAAUUUGGACGAUUUUUCAAAAACUCAUCACAAGCUUUCUAUUCCAGAAAUAUGCCUUGACGAAAGAAUUUGCAUAUGUCCUUUACCAGAUGGCAAAUACUUUUGCUAUGGAAAUAUUGCUAAAAUAGGGCAAGCUAGUGGAAUUACGUUUAUAGUAAAUCAAAAAAAUGAAAUCCUAAAUUUACCAGCCUGGACAUCAAUUCUUGGGUGUUUCCCUAUUUAUUUAGAGAACUGUGUUUAUGUUUUUGGAGGAGAAUAUGUUGAAAGAUUUAAUCUCAUUAUACCAUAUUCUACAGGCAAAAACUUAUUUUUUUGCUAAAAAUAAAAAAUUUUUAUAAAAGCCAUAAACCAUAAAAGCGGAUAAAUGAAAAUGAGAAAAAAUAAUAAAAUUUCCACCCAAGUGUAGGUUAUGCACUUGUGCUUUGAUUGGGAAAAAAAUUCUGUUCUCAGGCUAAAUAAUUUCUUAUCAAUAAUAGAUAAACUUUUUAAACAAAAUAAAUAAAGCUAUUUAUAGGAAAAAGAAUAUUCUUUUAAUGGAAUUUUUUUAUUAGAUUUAUUGACUUUGUCAUUUUCUUGGCACUCUUUAGAGACUUUAAGUAAUAAAGCAAAAUUGCUUUGCAAUGUAAAAAAUACAAUUUACUUGGUUGAUUUUUCUGGGAAAAUAUUUCAAAGUGAAAUAGGUAAUCCUUUUAUCUGAAGUUUUGAAGGAAACUUUCAGCCUUUAAGAAAUUCAACACCAGAAAAUAAAAUUUUCUAUAAGAAUUGCAUAUACUUUACAAUCGGCAAUCAAAUUUUUAAAUUUGACCUUACCAAAAAAAAUGUCCAAACUAUUAAUUUCUUACUUGAUCAAGCCCAAGCUCAAAUCAGCCAAAACCCUAAUGAUGAUUAUUUUUCUUCAAGAUUUUAA